GUUCCGUAAUAGUCGCCGUCUCUUUCAUUCUAACCUCAAUGCUCUCUAUAGGAACGCUCAUCAGCGGCCCCGUCCCCUAUUAUGUUCACCGAACAACCAUCUCGUCCCCUUCCGCCACCACCAAGGCCAUCGACAUCUUCUGCCACACCAUCGGCGAAUGUACCUCGCCCACCCAAAAUACAGACCGUCCGGACUCACCAAGAUCAAAGGAGCAACCCUCUUGUCAAGACUAUAGAUCUUCCCUCGAAGGCAGUUCAAUCUGGGAGUACUCUGUCAACGAAGCAACGUAUAGCAGCGGGAUCAGGUCCUUCCGUAGCACCCAAGCCGAAGCCACUGCAGACAAUUCCGAAACUUCUGACCGGUUUGUCAUUCAAGAAGAAACCCCUGGAAGCAAAAGAUCCUUCGUCUGCAACUAGUCCGUCCUUCAAAGAGCCUUUGUCCACGAUUAGUUCCUUUGAGAAGCCUUUCGAGAAUGAACCUUUUUCGGCGACUAAUGCGGAAUCGUCUGAUCCUUCCACUACAACACCCGUCGGAGUUGACCCGUCUUCAGCCACAACGCAGAUGAUAGAGGAGCCCUCUACCAUUGUUUCAGGCUGGGAAUAUAAUACAGAGAUGUUUGCGGCUGCAGAUGACGACCCUCCCCCUCCCUCAUCUGUACCCCUUAUUCAGCAUCAACUCGCGAAUCCAGCUCCCCCUAAGCGAGCCCCUGAAAAGGCCGCAGAUGAGUUUCUUCAAAGUCUUAGUCUUAACAUGCCAAGGUAUGUAUCUUAGGCUACUCACAUUCGUUUGCGCUCACGACAUGCAUGCCAAGUCUUAAUAGUCCUUUG